AUGGCUAGUCCUCCCGUUCUAGCUUUCGAUGCCGAGGGCCGUCCGGUGAAGUUCGAAACCUGGCUAGAUGACCUGCACCUGUUCCUACAGCUCACUGCCAAAGAAGACAUCUCACUGUACGACCACGCCCUAGGCCAUGCUACUGCCCCUGACACGUCUGCUGACAGCACUCUACGCUCUCAGUGGCAGACUCGUGAUGCGCACGCUCGCUUUGCUAUUCGCAACUCCCUGCCGCUAGACGAGCGCGAGCACUUCGGCCAGUGCAAGACUGCUAAGGACCUCUACACCGCUGUAGUUGCCCGUUACUCCUCACCCGCUUCUGCUACGCUAGGCCGCCUCACUCUCCCCUACCUGUUCCCCGACCUAGCCUCCUUUCACACUGUCGCAGACCUCAUCACCCACCUUAAGACUAGUGAGGCCCGCUUUCGCGCUGCUAUGCCUGCCGAGUUUCUCACUAGCAACCCCCCCCCGCUCUGGAUCACUCUCUACCACAUCGUCACCCGCCUCCCUGACUCUCUGCGCGCAGUCAGGGACCACUUCCUCUCUCGCUCCCCCACUGAGCUCACUGUUGCCCUCCUCGAGAAGGAACUGCUUGCAGCUGAGGCGAGCAUCGUCGCUGUAGGCACCUCUCGUGGCGACCCCCGCACCCCGUUCUUCGAGGGGUGUUCCCCUUCCCCCCUCCUCCCCUCUGUCGCCUCUGCUGCUGCUGUCGACCUCCUUGGUGCUGAGAAGGUCGGGACCGCGUCUGCUUCGAGCGGGCGCUGCAGGAGCAAGGGAGGCAUGGGUGGAGGUGGUGGCGGAGGAGGUGGGGGUGGAGGCGGUGGGAGUGGAGGCGCGACUGGGGAGGCUAGUGGCGGCAGUGGGGGAGGAGACAGCAGCGGCGGGAGCGGUGGCAGGGGUGGAGGCGGCAGCGGAGGUGGAGGUGGUCGUGGCGGCGGCAGGGGUGGAGGUGGCCGAGGCGGUGGUGGUGGCGGUGGUGGUCGUGGAGGCACUGGCGGAGGCCCGAGUCAGCAGCCCGCCCCGACGCUUCAGGCCGCCCGUGAGUGGUAUGCGCAGCGUGGCUUUACCUGCACGUACGUCAUUCGCACAGGUGACCGCAGCGGCCAGCAGUGUGGGAGGCCGCACCCCACGCACCGCUGCUUCGCGCGCCUUAACGACGCGUGGCGCACCCAGUUUCCUGAUGCCGCUGAGCUGCCGCGCUGGGCUGAUCUGGAAAAGAGGGGUGUUGAUAUUUGGGCUCUAGACUUUGAUGCUAUUCUCACUGCCAUGUAUGCCAUGUUUAUUAGUGGAGAGGGUGCUCAGUACUUGCGUGUUCCGCCCGACCCGGGCAUUCAGGCCAGUCCGGUUGCCGCUCUAGGUGCUAGUGCGUCUGCUCCCACAGGUCCUGGUGAGGCUGCUGCCCUAGGUGCUAGUGCGUCCGUGCCCCCUGGUACUGAGUUGACUGCAGCACUGCACACCUUCACACUGGACUCAGGUGCCUCUCGCUCUUUCUUUCGUGACCGCACUGUCCUUGAGCCACUCGCUCGGCCAGUUGCUGUCUCCCUUGCUGACCCCUCUGGGGGUCCGGUCAUUGCGACCUCCUCCACUGUUCUUCCUUGUCCUGCGGUCCCGUCCGGCACGCUUUCAGGUCUCUACCUCCCCUCGUUCUCUACGAACUUGGUGGCGGGUUGUGCGCUCCAGGACUCGGGUGUUCACCAGUUCACCCCUGCCUACGAGCGCGUGACACACUGCACAUGUGCUCGGACGGGUCGCCACCUGGCUACUUUCACUCGAGAGCCGGGGUCGGACCUGUACACACUGACCACUGAGUCCCCUCAGGUAGCUGCGUCUGCGUCUACGUCUGCGUCUUCGUCAGGUCAGCUGUCCGCCCCCUGCUCGUGUCGCUCUCUGGCGCAUGAGACUGUCCUUUGGCACCACCGCCUUGGUCACCCGUCUGUGCAGCGCCUUCGGGCCAUGCACAAACAGGACCUUGUUGCUGGUCUUCCCAGGGUGCUCCCUCCCCUUCCCGACUCACCUGCUCCUCCCUGUAUUCCCUGUGUCGAGGGGCGGCAGCGCGCCGCUCCUCACUCCUCCUCCUUUCCCCCGACGACUGCUCCCUUGCAGACGCUCCACUUGGACGUGUGGGGCCCAGCCCGCGUCCGUGGACAGGGUCAGGAGCGGUACUUCCUGCUCGUUGUUGACGACUUCUCGCGCUACACCACGGUCUUCCCCUUGCGAGCCAAGGGUGACGUACCUGAUGUCUUGAUCCCUUGGAUCCGCAGAUCUCGUCUCCAGCUCACCAGGCGUUUCCGCUCCGACUUUCCUGUCCUGCGUCUGCACUCUGACAGAGGUGGGGAGUUUUCCUCUGGCCUCCUGGAGGCCUUCUGUCAGCAGGAGGGCAUUGAGCAGUCGUUCACGCUUCCGGCCUCUCCACAGCAGAAUGGGGUUGCUGAGCGCCGCAUUGGUCUAGUCAUGGAGGUCGCUCGUACCUCCUUGAGUCAUGCGGCUGCCCCCCAUUUUCUGUGGCCGUUUGUGGUCCGAUACGCUGCGCAUCAGCUCAACCUCUGGCCCCGUGUCUCCUUGCCCGAGACUUCUCCGACACUGCGUUGGACGGGAGAGGCUGGCGAUGCGUCGCGUUUUCGGGUCUGGGGAUCCCGAGCUUUUGUCCGCGACACGUCCGCGGACAAGCUCUCCCGUCGCGCUGUCCCCUGCGUCUUCCUUGGCUUUGUCCCGGACGCCCCUGGUUGGCAACUCUACCACCCCACCUCGCGUCGUGUCCUGGCCUCUCAGGACGUCACUUUUGACGAGUCCGUCCCCUACUACCGCCUCUUCCCCUACCGCACUGCCCCGCUCCCCCCCCCGCCUCUCUUCCUCGCUCCAGGUGCUGAGGUACCAGACCCCCUCCCCCCUCAGGGUGCCGCUCCCUCAGGUGUGUCCCAGGUAGACCCGGGUGAGCCUGUCGAGGUAGCUGUUGACUCUCGUCCUGCGUCUGGGGGUGCUGAGCCUGGGGGUGCUGAGUCUGGGGGUGCGGAGCCUGGGGGUGCGGAGCCUGGAGGUGCUGAGCCUGGGGGUGCGGAGUCUGGGGGUGCUGAGUCUGGGGGUGCUGAGACUGAGCGUGCUACACCUGGAGGAGCCCUCUCCUCCCAGCAGCUGCAGGAGAGGUACCUCGAGUACUGCCGCCUCCGGAGAGGUGCUGCUGGAGCUCGUCCCGGUACUUUCCCUCCUACCCAGGAGCUCCCCCCCAUUCAGCAGAUCCGAGAGUGGUACACACGCCGCUGCAGUCUUCGGAGUGGUCCUCCGGGUGCUGAGGACCCGAGCGGUGGCGCUGCUGCUUGUGCUGAGGACCCGGGCGCUGGAGCUGCUGCUGGUGCUGAGGACCCGGGCGGUGGAGCUGCUGCUGGUGCUGAGGACUCGGACGUUGGAGCUACUGCUGGAGCUGAGGACCCGAGCGGUGGUGCUGCUGCUGGUGCUGAGGACCCGGCCGGUGGAGCUGCUGCUGGUGUUGAGGACCCGGACGUUGGAGCUGCUGCUGGUGCUGAGGACCCUGCCGCUGGUGUCUCUGCUGGUUCUGGAGACGCUACGCGGCCGCGACCGUACUUCGUACCACUUCUUCAGCAGGUUCUUGGUCAGGCUCCUCCUCCCUGUCCUCCUCCCUCAGUAGAGUGUCCUCCGCCUGUCCAGUCGCCGUCACAGUUACCGCCUGCCUCGCCUCUCCCUGCUCCCUCUCCUUACACUGGUCCCACGGGAGGUCUUACAGAGCGUCGUGAGCCUGAGUCUCGUCCUGCGUCGCCUGUUCGUACUGCUCGCACUGGUCGUCGUGUCCCAUGUGAGCGUCCUCCUCCUGUCCCUGGCACUCACUACAUGACUCUGCGUCCCUCCACUGCUCCUCAGCGUGUCCCGCUACCGUCUCCUCCUGCUUCCUCUCUGCCUACUCUUCCUGACCCGGAGUCUGACUCCCGUCGUGCUGCCAGUCCCACUGUCACCCGUCUCCUCGCUACUGUUGUCACUGACCCUGCCUUUGAGUCCUCUGCUGCGUCUGCUCUAGUCGCUGAGUUGAUAGACUUUGCUGCCCGGUGUCGUCUAGACUACGCCACUAGCCUUGUUGCUGAGUCUGAGUCUGCGUCUGUCUGUCCUCCGUCCGUCGGGGGUGAGUGUGCUCUUGGCACGGACGUCCUUGAGGACAGACAGGAGGAGUUCCAGUGCUUUGCUGCUGCUUUGCCCCACCUCGUGUCCAUGCUAGUUGCCCCUGAGGGAGACCCGGAUGCACCAGACAUCCCGACCCCGCGCACUUACGCUGAGGCGAUGGCGGGUCCCUACUCCUCUCAGUGGCAGACAGCCAUGGACGCAGAGAUGGCUUCCUGGAAGUCCACACGCACCUACGUCGACGAGGUUCCCCCACCUGGGGCGAACAUCGUCAGUGGCAUGUGGAUUUUCAGGGUGAAGCGGCCACCGGGUUCUCCUCCUGUCUUCAAGGCGCGCUACGUGGCUCGAGGCUUCAGUCAGCGAGAGGGAGUUGACUUCUUUCAGACCUUCUCCCCCACCCCGAAGAUGACCACUCUUCGGGUGCUGCUGCACAUAGCCGCUCAGCGCGACUACGAGCUUCACUCACUUGACUUCAGCACUGCUUUCUUGCAGGGCAGCCUGCACGAGGAGAUCUGGCUGCGCCGCCCUCCUGGCUUCACUGGGUCGGUUCCUCCUGGUACCCAGUGGAGGCUUCAGCGGCCGGUCUACGGUCUCCGCCAGGCACCGCGUGAGUGGCACGACACACUGAGGACGACACUUGCGGCUCUUGGGUUCGCUCCCUCUACUGCUGACCCGUCACUGUUUCUACGCACAGACACCUCACUGCCGCCGUUCUACAUCCUCGUGUACGUCGACGACUUGGUCUUUGCCACUGCUGACACCGCGGCACUUGCCCACGUGAAGUCGGAGCUGCAGAGGAGACACACGUGCACAGACCUGGGUGAACUGACAAGCUAUCUUGGCUUGCGGAUCACCCGAGACAGAGCACGGCGCACCAUCACCUUGACUCAGUCACACAUGGUGCAGCAGAUCCUUCAGCGCUUCCGCUUCACGUACUCCUCGCCUCAGUCCACUCCUCUGCCUACCGGUCACUCGCUCUCAGCUCUGCCUUCGGAUGAGUCCGUAGAGCCGAGUGGCCCGUAUCCAGAGCUUGUGGGCUGCCUCAUGUACCUGAUGACCUGCACUCGACCUGACCUUGCAUACCCUCUUAGCAUCCUUGCACGCUAUGUCGCUCCUGGCCGUCACAGGAAGGAGCACAUGGAUGCCGCUAAGAGGGUGUUGCGCUACUUGUGCAGUACGUCGGGCAUGGGGCUAGUGCUUGGAGGGCGAGACCGAGUUGUACUUACUGGACACUCAGACGCUUCUUGGGCGGACGACCAGGCUACUCAGCGGUCGUCUCAGGGUUACACCUUCAGCCUUGGCUCCGGCUCAGUUUCUUGGCGUUCUACACGCUCUUCUUCUGUUCUCAGCUCCAGUUGUGAGGCUGAGAUCUACGCCACAGCCAUGGCUGCCCAGGAGCUACGCUGGCUGACCUACCUGCUGACCGACUUGGGUGAGCGGCCUCGUUCUCCUCCAGUGCUGUACGUCGACAACCAGGCUGCCAUUGCCUUGUGUGAGGAGCACAGACUGGAGCACAGAACGAAGCACAUCGCCCUGCGGUACUUCCUUGCUCGAGAGCUGCAGCAGCGCGGUCAGCUUUGUCUGCGUUACGUGGCCACUGAGGCCAACCUUGCUGAUGUGUUCACCAAGGCGCUUCCGCCUUGUGACCAUCAGCGCUUGUGA